CAGGUGUUCAUAAUUGGGGAGCAGCAGGUGUUGAAAGCAACGACGAAGACAACAGGGAGAACAUCCCGUUUGACUGCAAAUAUUGUAUUUAAAACUAAGAUAUAUACUUUUUUUUUUUUUUACAGCAAUGAUCCUAAUCGUCUUGAAGCUGAGCGCGGUCCUGGUGCUGCUCCUCGGCCCCGCGCUCCACAGCGUCGAGGGAGCCUGCAGUGUGGACCAUUGCACUGACCGCACCAGAUGUGUUCUCUCUCCCGAUCAGAGAAGCUGCACAUGUGCCAUGGGAUAUUAUGCUGACCAGUGUGACAAAAAUGCACAAAUUAAAGUUAUGUGUGGCAGAGACUACAUAUCAGUCAGAGCCGUGGAAGAUUUCUUCAAGUAUCAUAACGUGCCGCUGGAGUCCCUACACAUGCCCAACAAAUCUUGUCGUGCUCAGAGAGAGGUCGUUGAUGGCGUGCCAUACUACAUGUCCAGGAUAUCCAAAGACAGAUAUCUGACUUGUGGAGGCAAGCCACUGGAGAAAAACUUUACUCACAUCUUAUACUCUCUGAGUCUACUAUCAGACCCUCAGGUUAUAGGAAACAUCAUCAGAGAUCCACUCAUUAAGAUCGACUACACAUGCAUCUAUCCAUACAUCCGAAGGGUCAGCCUGCCUUUCCCAGUCGUCCCAUUUUCCAGUGAGACGGUGAUGCGUGUAGAUGAACUUGAUGCCACGAUACAGAUGAGGCUGUACACAGACCACACUUACACCAAGGCUUUCAGCAGUGCCCCCACCAUUGAACUCAGAGACAAGGUGUAUGUGGAGUUGACAGUGACAGAGCCUGAAGAUUUCUUCCUGCUUCGGGUUAAUGAGUGUUGGGCCACACAGUCGCCCCAGCCGAACAAAACGGAGGGAUCAGUUCACACUCUGCUUCUAAACGGGUGUGUGAACGAUGAAACCGUCUCCUUUCUUAACGUGAGCGAGGGACAGUCAGGACGUAACGGAGAGAAUUCCACCAUUCACUACAGCUUUGAGAUGUUUCGCUUCACAACAGAGCCACACGACCUCUAUCUUCACUGCACUGUACAGCUCUGUGAACCAGACGACUACAAGUCCUGCACACCUAACUGUAAUUCGAUUAGUAAGAGAGAAGCAGUGAGAGCAAACCCCAUCCAGGGCCUCCUGUCAUAUGGACCAAUCAGAAUUGAAAUGCCAGACAAACCUCAAUCCAGCAUACUGAUGACGGUGGUGCUGCCUGUAGCAGGUGUCUGGACUGUGGGCUUCUUCCUCAUUAUCCUCAUCACUGUGGCAAAGGCAGGCAGCAAGAGGCUGGCACAAAUGGAGGAGCACUGACAACAAUACUGCUGCUGUUGCAGUUUGAAUAAAACUUUAAAAAGCA